AUGAGCCAGAUAUCGCUGAAGGAACGCCGCCUCCUGCGCACACCCAAGUGCGCCCGCUGCCGCAACCACGGCGUCAUCUCGUGCGUGAAGGGCCACAAGAAGCUGUGCCGCUGGCGCGAGUGCUGCUGCCCCAACUGUCAGCUGGUCGUCGAUCGCCAGCGGGUGAUGGCCGCCCAGGUGGCCCUGCGCCGUCAGCAGACAAUGGAGGCCCUGGAGGCAUCCGCCCAGACAUCGCAUCCAGCCACCGCAUCCAGUAGCGAGGGCGAGGAGUCCCUAACUUCAACGUCGCCACCACCACCUCCGCCUUCAGCAGCCGCCUCCACAUCCACAUCCACAUCCUCAUCAGCCACGCGCCAGGCACUGAUUGCCCAGAAAAGGAUCUACAAGCAGCGACUGCGCAACCUGCAACAGUCCACUUUGCACAUCACAGCAGCCAUGGAAGAGUACAAGCAACGGUUUCCCACGUUCAGCUCUCCGCUGAUGGAGCGAAUGCGCAAGCGACGCGCGUUCGCUGAUCCGGAACUCAACUACGCCAUGGAGGCGACGCUGGGCGGUAACGCCCUCUAUGCCGCUGCCGCUGCUGCUGCUGCUGCAGCCAUGCAUCAAUCGGGGCCGCCACUGCCACCGCCGCCGCCAUUCACAGCUUCCAUCCCAAUCACAGCCGUCACGAUACCCACGCCGCCCGCACACGCCACGGCAAAGAAGACCAAGCUGAGCUUUUCAAUUGAGUCAAUAAUGGGCAUUAGCACGUAG